CAGUAUCAUUCAAAAUCAGGGUACCUUUUUGGUCGGGGACACAAUAUCUUGCAGACAAUGGAGGAUCAUGAUCCUGACCAAAAGCGCCGCAGAGCAAUAAAUCCCUCAUACCCAUUCGUCGAUCAGGCUGAAUGGCAGCUAGCAGAAUUCAUCGUGCAGCGGCUGACCAAAACCGACAUUAACAAGUUUCUGAAACUAGACUGGUUUAAAACUAGUAGAUCCCGACCAUCCUUCAAGAGCGCAGAUCAACUAUUUGGCUGGAUUGAUGUAUUGCCAAGUGGCCCUCAGUGGCAAUCAACGACAUUCGAGUUUAUCGACUACACAACUGCGAGGCCAAUGGAACUCAUCUGGCGUGACGGUCUUGAAGUCGUUAAAGAUCUCUUUGCAAACCCGAUAUUUUCCAAUCACAUGAUGUACGAUCCCCACCUUGUUAUGACUGGCUCAGAGCGUGAAUACGGCGAAUUCUUCACUAGUGAGAGGGCUUUCACCAUUCAAAAUGACCUUCCAGAAGGCGCCACUAUAGUACCAAUCAUUCUUGCAUCUGACAAAACGCCCGUAACCAGGAUGACAGGAGGAUUAGAAAUGCACCCAAUAUUCCUUACGAUUGGCAAUAUUCAAUCCGAAGUUCGAAUGAAGGCCACCGCUCAUGCAUGGCGUUGUAUCGCAUUUAUCCCAAUUCCGAAGUUCGAUGCUCACGCAGACUAUCAAACGCUCCUCCAUGCCCGUCUCUUCCACAAAUGUAUGGACACGAUAUUCGCCAGAUGCAAAGUUGCCACAAAGAUUGGUGAAUACAUGGCAGAUCCCAUGGGUUAUAUCCGGCACUGUUUUACUCCGCUUGUCGCCUACACAGCCGACCUUCCUGAAGCACAGCUUGUUGCUUGCCAACACACGCUCACGCUCAUCUACGACCUAUCCAAACGCAUUGAUCCAUGGAGUGUACCGCGCUUCCAAGUCGAAGCUAAAUCGUUGAUGCUUAGUGGCGUCCAUCAACCGUUUUGGAGAGAUUGGAGGUUUGCGGAUCCUGGUUAUAUGUUGCCUGGCGAACUCCUUCACACCUGUCAUAAGUUUUUUGGUGACCAUGCUCUAAAAUGGUGCAAGGAAGUUGUUGGGGAGGAGGAACUCGAUGCGCGUUACAAGGCUCACCAUAAACGAGUCGGAACACGUCAUUUUGGCUCUGGCGUCUCCCACAUCAGCCAGAUGACUUGCCGGGAACAUCGCGACAUUGAACGCACCAUGAUUGCCACUAUCGCUGGCGCGACAAAUGCAACCCCCGAUUUCGUUCAUGCUAUACGUGCCCUCACCGAGUUCUUUUAUCAGGCACAGAGCCCCGUGCACACCGACUCAUCCAUCGCUUCUAUGGUUCAGUCCCUCGACGAGUUUCAUCGCUUAAAACAAGGCAUCCUCGAUGCCGGUGCUCGGAGAGGCAAGCGUGGAACCAUCGACAACUUUCUCAUCCCAAAGUUGGAGUUGUUUCACAGCUUUGCUGGAUCUAUCAGAGCUCUCGGUGGUUUGAUACAGUACUCAGCAGACGUCAGCGAACGGCUGUUGAUUACUCACUGCAAGUUUCCAUUCGAAAGGACCAGCCGGCAAGCCAAGAGUUUUACUUUACAGGUUGUUCAAAUUCUCAAUCGCGACGAAACCAUGCAGCGUUUCAAUCUUUACACGCUCCUGCAGACGCAUGGCGCACCGCUCGUUAAUGCCAUUGCUGCUGAAGAUGAUAUCGUCGCAGAGACAGAUCCUACCUUGGCAUGGAUAGCCCGCACGCUCCCAAGUCAGCAGAAGCGCUUCCAUGGUCCACGUCCAGUCCGCAACCACUUCAUAACAGGACUUCUUUCUGCAGAAGCUACUGCUGCAUUCCAUGUCACGGUCGCACCUGAUCGAAAAUCAUUUACCGUCCCCGAUCUGCAGUACACCUACGCCCUUCCUGACUUUGCUGUGGCGCUCACUGAGUAUAUUAGUAAGUCAUCCCAGGGUGCCCCAACAACAUCGUGGACCUGUCGGGGAGGUUCGGUUAGGACGUGGAACAAGUUCCGCAUACAACUCCUCUCCAACUUCCAGUCACGAGUUGUCAUGCCAAGUCAAAUCGUCCAGUCGUAUCCGCCCUCAGAGGCAUUCCCUUUUGGGAAUUGUGACGCAGUUCUCGUACAAUUAACUGAGAGUAAUGACGUCUACAUCGCACAAGUGCGUUGCGUUUUCCAACCUACCGCCAAGAAAGGCCGUACUUUGCCUCGCUAUCUUGAAGCUGCACCUCUCUUAUACGUUCAAUACUUCCAGAUCAAAGCCACGCCUGCUGACGAGCCAAGCGUUGGGAUGUACAGGGUGAAACGAAUCUUUCAUCAGGAUGAGACAGGUCGGAUCUUCCGACCUGGCAGCAUCAUUCCACUGACGGCUGUUACUUGUGCCGUCGAGCUCGUCCCUGUGUAUGGUUCGAAGAUGAAUCGCACGAUAACUGCUGCAAACUCGUUAGAGGUCUGUGAUGAUUACUACCUGAAUAAAUUUUCAGACAAGGAGGUUUUCCAUACGAUGCACACAGAUCUAAUGUAGAUUUUUUGCGUAUUGCCUGUAGUACUAGUUCUGCAAUUCAUUAUCUGCACACCUGAUCAAGUUUAGAUAUGAUAAUCUUGCACCGCUUGUGUCAUUCAGUUGUCAUUCAGUUCCCCGUUCGCAUUUUGGCCUAGUUAGUUACUUAAUGCAACUCGUCCGAGACUAGGCCAAAUAGGGAUCGUUGAACGAUGCUUUCGCGACGGUUUCAGAUAUCAGAUGUAC